UUCUCCUGGGCUGUACUUCUAUAAGAGCUCUCAGGGGCAGAAGCCUUGAUUUGUGCCACUGCAAACUCCUAAGGCAGUUGAUUGUGAUGGACACAACUCUAAGAAGUCUAGCAAUGGCAUGGUCCAGAGAAGCAGAUAAAUGUUGGGGCUCUUAUCCAAGCAAACCACACCUCUUGUCUCUGCAGAGCGGCACCUCUGCUCCCAAAGCAUCAACGCCAAGGGCACAGCAUUCCUUCCAGCUGUGACCCAGCCCCAGAAUAACAAAGCCCUGUCCACAUCUUACAGAAUUUCAAUCGGACUUUUCUUUUCCUGUUUGCUUCCAGAAAUGGCCGAAGGGUCCAGCGAUUUUUUUUAAGAUCUUCUCGGCCAAAUCCAGAGAAAUAAGGACUCAGGAGGAUGUUAAUUCUCAAAAAUAUCCAGUGGGAAAUUGCUUGGCUGGCAUCCAUUUGUCUGAGACAAAAGUGUGUGGUGAGAGACAAACCUGUGGUAUACACCAUUGAUUGGAAUACAGAAAGCUUUUCGGGCUCGGUAUAUUGCUGAGAUUAUUUCCUUUCUGUGGAGAGCUUAGAUGUUGGCUUUACUUCUUGUGAGGGGUGUCCUAAUUAGGCCCAAUGACCCAGUUAAACAGCCAAUGAGGACACUUGAAAGGAGGGGUGUGUAUAAAACUGUGCAGCUCAGAGCAGAAAGGGGCUCAGGGAAAGGCGGCAAGGCGCAGGAAGGAAUAGGCCUUGACUGCUCUGUGGAGGGUCCAUGAGCCCAAACCCAUAGUAGAUGACAGGCCCAGAUUCCCUUUCCCGCCACAGGAAGAGGGUCACAUGGGAUAAAUGCCUGUGAGUGCUGGUGAGCAGGGACUUUAAUGCCCAUCUCCCCCGAGGGAUAAGCCAUGGAGUGACCUGGCAAGAGUGGCCAGUCAUGAAGGAGGUGGUGCAGUUCCUGGAGUAAGAGGGCCUCAGAGACAGAAAGAGAAGGAAGGAGCAUUUUCUGUGCAGAGCUAAUCCCCAGAACAGCCAGGAAGAGGCACCAUCUGGCAGUGAGUCGAGAGGCCCCUGUCACACUGCUAAAUUCAAUGAGAUAGAGUCUUAACCUGUCAGCCUUAAACCACACACACACACACACACACACACACACACACACACACAACACACUUUUUUCCCAAAAUUGGCAAAUAUCUGAGAUCAGACUAUUGCAUCUGUUUGGAUUCAGUCCCACAGUCUUUUUUGGCCUGCUCAGUUCUUCCUAUUGUUUCGCAUUUCUGGGAAAUCCCCUCUCUCGUGCCUGGUUUUUCCUACCACCACUGUUGCAAGAUAAGCUGGAAUGUUGAAAUGUUCUUCAGCAAAAUGAUAACUUCUGUUUACCGGAAGGUGAUAGGGGGAGAAACCCACAUUACUCAGUGCAUAGUAUAUAAAUUGAGAGCUGAAUUCUUACUAUCUCAUCCUGUAAUGCCGCUGUAGAGCACCUGAAAUUACAGGAUAUCAACCUCCUUAAGAGACAAGUAAGUGCUUUGGAAGGGCAGCUGAGAGCUUUGCAAAGCAGCUUCUCCAAGUACAAACAAGGUUGCAUUCCUGAGCAAUGCUGCUGCUUCCAAUACUGACCAUUUUUGCUCUAGAAAUAUGUGUGUUGAAAACAUCCAAUGCAAUUCCAAACCAGAGUGUUCAGAAAUGGGAUCCAAAUGCAUGCACUCUAAUUGUAUGUGGACCUGCUCAGAAUGGAUUACCAGGCAGAGAUGGAAGAGAUGGGAAGGAAGGACCUAAAGGAGAAAAGGGAAGCCAAGGAUUGCAAGGACUAAAGGGGUCACAAGGUCCCCCAGGAAAGAUGGGCCCUGCUGGAGUGGUAGGAGGGAAGGGCUCGCCAGGAGAAAAAGGAUCUAAAGGAGAUAUUGGAGGCAGAGGAUUGCAAGGAGUCCCAGGUUUGAAGGGUGAUCCAGGCAAUGCAGGCCCUUCUGGGCCAAAGGGGGAUAAGGGUCCACUAGGAGAAAAAGGAGUCAAAGGAGAGAGAGGCCUGCAAGGAACCACAGGUCAGGAGGGCAAGCCAGGAAUUGCAGGUGCCCCGGGGCCAAAGGGGGACAAAGGUUCAGUAGGUGAAAAGGGAGCAAAAGGAAGCAAUGGGGACAGAGGGUUACAAGGAAGCUCAGGUUUGCAAGGCCUCAAAGGGCAAAUUGGUUCUCCUGGGCCAAAAGGUGAUAAAGGUUCAAUAGGUGAAAAAGGAACAAAAGGAGACAGUGGACUAUCAGAGAUCAACCUCGUUAAGAGGCAAGUAAGCACUUUGGAAGGUCAGCUGAGAGCUCUGCAAAGCAGCUUCUCCAAGUACAAACAAGUUAUAACGUUCCCAAAUGGCAGAAUUGUUGGUGAAAAGAUAUUCAUGACCAGUGGCUAUGAAGGCAACUUUGAGAGUCUGAAGCAAAGGUGCUCCCAAGCUGGAGGCCAGCUUGCUUCUCCUCGGAAUGCCGCCGAAAACACCGCCAUCCAUCAGAUAGUCGCUUUGUACAACAAACCCGUGUUUAUUGGGAUAAACGAUAUCCAGACAGAGGGUCGUUUCAAGUAUCUGAAUGGAGAAAACAUUGUGUAUUCCAACUGGGAGCCCAGGGAACCAAAUAACGACAAAGGAGCUGAGGACUGUGUAGAAGUCUAUACAAGUGGAAAGUGGAACGACAAAUCCUGUGGAGAGAGACGAUUAAUUGUGUGUGAAUUUUAAACCACUGACCAUAUUGCCUUCGCAUCAUCUGACGGAAGUGGCAUCUGCAGAAGUAUGUUAGGAUCAAAUAUCUAUCAUGUUUAAAGGGGCUUUGCAGACUUAUAGGAUGGCAAAGUUUUAAAACCAAAUCAUCAGAUUCUGUUUUUUUUAGUGCUAAACAAUGUUAGCUCAAGUUUUUCUUUAUGUAGCGAAUCUGAUAAAAUCCACAUAAGCAGAUGCAGCCCCGUGCAGAAAGAGAUAUAGAUGGAUUAGUCUCCUAGGAGAUUCAAGACAGACUUGACAUUGUUCUCAAUGCUCACAAGAGAUUACCUGUAUGCCUAACGAACAUGCGUGUCAGGGCAUUUGCUUGCCUUGUUAACAUUUAUUAUUUAUUUUUUCUAUUGCUGUACUCCAGAGACCACAGGCUAGGUCAAAAGUCAGUUGUGCCAGGAGAUGUACAAACACAAGGAAGACGUAGUUCCAAAAAACUUUUAUUUGACUUUAAGAAACCUUUCUGUGCUUUCUUCUGGGAAUUAUUUGAAGACAUAUAUUUGUUAUUAAACUUUGGGUAGGAUUGUGGGAAUUGCCUUAAAUCUAGAGGAAUUUAAGCCACUGUGUUUUUAUACUGUUAUUUGUAACAUUUCAUUUUUUGUUGGCGAAGUGUCAUAUGUACUGUACAUUCAGGUGUGAAGGGUUUACAUGCAAUUAGAUGGCAGAUUGCAUGAAUUUCCCCAAACAGUCUCAGAUCUCAAGGGCCUCCAGUAAAAUCAGUUUAAUUAGAAACAAAGAAAAUCUUCUCAAAACAAAAUGAAUGGUAUGAAAGGUGCCUAAAUGGCCCCAUUACCCCCAAUAUCUGAGUUCCAGUAGGCUCUGUCCUGUCUAAGAGACUCUCUUUGAUGUCUUUGUAAGACUUUAUUUCUUUUCCCAGGACAGACAGACUAUAUUGUUUUCUGUUGGCCCAACACCCAACUGUACAUCAAAUUCUGCUGUGGCACAUUUGAAGAGGAGCAUGUUUCUCAUUUGAUGUUGCAGGGCACAAAGGUGCACUUAGAAUUCAGCUGACUUAAUAUGAAUAAAUAGCUUGUGAUGGCUCAGGACAAAUUAGAGCUCUGUGAAUGGCUAAAUUGAUUAGUCUGAAGUCAAAGCCAGUACCUUGCUGAGUCCUAAACUUAUCUAUGUUUCCCAAUAGUUGCUGCUAUAUAAAAUAUAAAUUCUUAAUAGAUUAGCUGAAUUUGUCACAAUUAUGCUUAGUAGAAAGCAUUUUUAAUCUAAACAUAGCUAAUUAAAAGAAAAACAUGAAAAGUUCUACAGAGCAUGUACUCUAUCAGAGCUUUUUGGAUAAGCAUGUAUCUGUGCCACAUUAGUAUCUUGUCACAAAGAGAGAUGAAUAUGAAGAUUACUUAGAGUUCCCUGCCGAAGAUGCGUCCUUCCACCUUUCCUGUAACUUCUGAGGCAGAUCCUGGAAGACCUUUAGGCAGCUGCUUUUCUGGGGUAGUCAUUGCUUCAGACUGAUUAACCAUGCAGGAGUAGUUCUUCAGUUGGGAUGCAGUACACUCUUUGAUUCACUCAACCUUGUAGGAGCUUUCAGAUGAAGUCUCCCAUGUCUCUGAGUUGGGGACAUCUUCUAACUUUAUGCCCAGUUUUGCCACAUGUCAAACAGCUCAGAGGAUUGUUUCCCCCAGUAGAAGGUGGCUUUUGCAAGGGAGGUGGGGAAGGAUGAACAUAUUCACAUUAAUAGCAAGUGUUGGAGUACUCUAUAUGGAAUGGCUGCCUCCAUUUUCUCUCGGGCUAACUGCCCCUCCUUGACUUUUAGGAGCCUCUGUUUUGGCCUACAAUACAGGCUUCUUCUUCACUACCUCCCUGUUCUCUUCUUUGGCUUCCUUAAUAGGGCCAAGGCCUGAAAUCAAUGGGAUUACUUGCACAAGUGGUAUUGCCAAAAUAGUCCCACAUCCAUGCACGUGUUGCAAAUGAAUGGACUGUCAAAAAAAUGUUGUACAAUUCCAGCACCCUGGCUCCCAGAUCCCCAGGUGCGAUAAAUCAGAAUAGUGUCAUUGAAAUCAUCAAUUGAGUAGUAAAUCAUCAACCGAGCACAUUGCUCAUUAGUUGACCCAGGAAACAACUCUGGAAUUUUAGUGAAGUGCAUUUGUUCACAGUUCUUUUACAUGUUUGCCUUCAACUUUUGUUAACACUAUGUAUCAGACUUAGCUGAACUUUUGGUACCUUACUUACAGUAAAGGCACAUCAGUGCUCGACUUGAGACUCUUAAAGGACACUGAUUUUUCAGAAAGAGCUGCCAUUCCCAAUGCCUGAGAAUCAAGCUAAUGUAAGUUGGGCACCCAAAAAUCACUAAUUACUUAUAAAGAUCUUGGCUUGGGAACCUAGCACUUCUGAAAAUGAGGCCACUGAUGUAGUAACCUAACUUUAAGCUAUUGUGGUUGAAAAUAUUGAUAUAAGGCGUUCAUAAAACAACAAUGUUUUUCAGGAAUGAUUAUGAGGAUUACAUUCAUUAUUGUUUGUAAAGCAUCCAGAGAUGGUUGGCUAGAGGCUCUCUAGAAGUACAUUAACAUCUAUCACUACUGAGUGAGGAGUAUGAAGUACUCAGGAUAACUAAAUUGUUCAGCAGACAGAUUUUUGACAAACAGGUUCUGUAAAUUUGCCAGAUGAUGAAAAUAAAGCCAAUUUUGGUUUGUGAGACA